AUGGGCGUGGCCAACAUUGCGUGAUUACGAUAGACGAGCUUUUCCUGCCUCUGACAAGCGUGAGAUAGUCCACUUCUGUUUACUUCAUUUUAACAAGUAUCUGCAAUCGAGCUAAUUUAAGAUGUUCUACACUUGUGGUCCCAACGAGGCGAUGGUGGUCUCAGGCUGCGGCCGCUCCCCUCCUCUGAUGGUUGCUGGAGGAAGAGUGUUUGUUUUACCCUGCAUUCAACAAAUCCAGCGGAUAUCUCUCAAUACUCUGACUCUGAACGUGAAGAGUGAUAAGGUCUACACCAGACAUGGAGUACCGAUCUCCGUGACGGGCAUUGCCCAGGUGAAGAUCCAGGGACAGAAUAAAGAAAUGUUGGCCGCAGCUUGUCAAAUGUUUAUGGGGAAGUCCGAGACGGAGAUAUCUCAUAUCGCUCUGGAGACGCUUGAGGGACAUCAGAGAGCCAUCAUUGCUCACUUGACUGUGGAGGAGAUCUAUCAGGACCGUAAAAAGUUUUCCGAGCAAGUAUUUAAGGUCGCCUCCUCUGACCUGGUCAACAUGGGGAUUGGCGUGGUCAGCUACACACUUAAGGAUGUUCAUGACGAUCAGAAUUAUCUUGUGUCGCUGGGUAAAGCCCGCACCGCUCAAGUGCAAAAAGAUGCUCGUAUCGGUGAAGCUCAGUUCAAGAGAGAUGCUGUCAUGAGGGAGGCUCAUGCCAUGCAGGAGAAGAUCUCUGCUCAGUAUACGAAUGAGAUUGAGAUGGCUAAAGCCCAGCGAGACUAUGAGCUGAAGAAAGCAGUCUACGACAUUGAGGUCAACACUAAGAAGGCAGAGUCUGAAAUGGCCUAUCAGCUUCAGGUGGCUAAAACAAAGCAACGUAUCGAGGAGGAGAAGAUGCAGGUUCAGGUUGUGGAGCGUUCGCAGCAGAUCACCUUGCAGGAGCAGGAGAUCACCCGCAGGGAAAAAGAACUGGAAGCCAGGGUCAAGAAACCGGCCGAGGCUGAGCGAUACCGUGUUGAGAGGCUCGCUGAGGCAGAGCGACUUCAGUUGAUCAUGGAGGCAGAAGCUGAGGCAGAAUCCAUCAGAAUGAGGGGAGAGGCAGAGGCCUUUGCUCUGGAGGCGAGGGGUCGUGCUGAGGCCGAGCAAAUGGUCAAAAAGGCAGAAGCUUUUAAAGAGUACAAAGAGGGAGCUAUGGUGGAUAUGCUGCUGGAGAAACUCCCACUGAUGGCAGAGGAGAUCAGCAGGCCACUCUCUGGUGCCCAGAAGAUCACCAUGGUGUCCAGCGGAGGGGCAGAAGUGGGUGUGGCUAAGCUGACAGGAGAAAUACUGGAAAUUAUGACUCGCCUGCCGAUGGCGGUGGAGAAACUGACCGGAGUUAACAUCUCACAGGGUGCCAUAGCCCGUAUGGGUUAAAGAAGUUUGUGGAGAGCAAAUCGGAGCCUUAAACAGCUGCGAUGUUGACCUUUCUGUCUUUGUGUGCAUGAAUGCAUGCCUGUGUUUGAACUGAACCUGGAACGUCAAUGUCAUUUUAGUUCUUUUGUUGUAGUUCACCAUUAUGUAACGUUUGAUUUUUACACCCGGUUUUGUGUUUAAUGUGAUUUUAAGUGAAGUGACUUUAUAUAAUCAUUUUAUAAGUUAGUUAGAAGAAUGCUUUAUUGGUCAAUAGGGAAGCAGGAGUACACAACAAUAUCAUAUUUUUGAUUGUGAAUUGUUUUUAUAUUUGCGUCCACAUGUCUGUAGAUUCUUCUUAGUUUCUGUCAAAGCCAAAGUGCAUUUAUAACUAGUCCAUGACAGUUCACCCUAAGUGCAUUACUGAAUCCAUGGAGCAUGUGCAUGCUGCCUUAUAUAUCCAGAUCUUUCCAAAGUCAAGACCUAACAAUAUUACGCCAUCUUCUUGCCAUUUAAACCUCUGUUUGACUAGCUUCUGAGAUGUUCAGUGCUGUGAGGAACAUAUAUUAUAGAAUUAACUGGCUAAUGAUAUUUUUCUAUAGAAUCAAGUAAAACUGACAAACUGUAUUGUUGGGAAGGGCUUUAGUUACUCUUCAGUCUCUGUGGUGUGUAAAGGGAUAUUUACAGCAUGUUGAAAAGUGAGCGAGGGGGUGGGAUGUUCGUGAGUAAUACAACUGUUUUUUUUCUAAGUUUGAUGAACAAACAGGAAAAAGAAGAAGAGAAGUAGGUUAGGUUUUCAACUCUGGCCACUGACUUGUCUCUGUGGCCACAGAAACUGAUGUCAGUUUCCAUCUCAUAAGUUUCCAGUGGGUGCAGAAAACUGAAGCGAGUCUUUUCAUUUUCGUUUUUAUUUUACGGUUCUUUAGUGUAACCUAUGCAGCCUUUCAAAGUGCCUAUAAGAGCACCUUUCUCACUGAAUCAAACUAAUAUCUAAAAUCAAGCUGUGUUGUGUUUCAGUGAUAUCACUGUGAUGUACCAUCAGACACGUUCUGAUAUUAAUCGUUUUCAAAAUGUUAAAUCUUUUACGAUAUUUGUUUUCAUUAGAAUGUCUGUUUGUUUCUAUGUAUGACAACUCCUUACUAAACAUUGGCCCUAAUGUUCAACGGAGAUAUAGAUGUUUUCACCAUUAAACCAAUGAUUAUAUAUAUUUUCAUUCGGAGAUACGUACAUAGGAUUGUGUGUUAUAUUUAAUAAUCAAUAAACUAUUGUCUGUGCUGUAA